AUGGUGUAUAAGCCGAUACGAAAGGAAGAUCUGUUCUUUGAACAACAGUACGAACCUGACAUUGUGGAUUAUAUGAUGCGAAUGGACGACUUGACCCUAGCCUCUGCCGAUCUCAUGGACAUGCAACCAGAACUCCAAUGGUUCAUGCGACCAUACCUUAUCGAUUUCCUCAUCGAAGUUCACACUCAAUUCCGUCUCCGACCCGAAGUCUUAUAUCUCACUAUGAACAUUGUCGACCGAUACGUCUCUAAACGCGUCGUAUACAAGAAACAUUAUCAACUCGUGGGUUGUGCAGCUCUUUGGAUCGCGGCAAAAUUCGAAGAUGGCAAAGACAAAGUCCCACUAGUACGUGAACUCGCUGAGAUGUGUUGUAAAGCAUACGACGAAAGCGCGUUCAUCCAGAUGGAAGGACAUGUUUUGGCUACCAUCGGUUGGGUCGUCGGACAUCCAACAGCGGAAGCUUGGUUACGCGUCCAAGCGUCUGGUGAUGGGAGAUGGCAGGAAGAAGGAAAGGUCCAAAACAUGGCUAGGUUUGUCAUGGAGGUUACGCUGUUCCAUAGGGAGUUUGUUGGACUUCAAGCCGAGUUUGUAGCUUUGGGAAGUCUGAUAUUGGCUCGAUAUAUCUGUGGCAGGCCAUACUCCCCAAAGAUGGAGGUCCUCGCAAUCCGUGUCGCCUAUGCCAUUGAUCGACAAUUCGCUGAGCGUCUCGACUCCAUUUCCGAAAUCAUUAUUCGUAAAUACGCUCCUGUCUAUUACUCCCGCUCUUCUACAGUCGCUCGCGAAUGGUACCUCUCCGGUCAUCGAUUCCACUGGGGAUCUCUCAUGCCCGUCACUCCCACGCAUUCCUUUCACACACCUGGUCUCGCACCUUCAUCCUCUUGGCUCUCAUCAUUAUCGGGUAAACGGGACAGUUGGUUGUCCGGUUCACCAGGUGCACUUUCAACGUCAUGUUCAUCUUCCGAAGCAGGUGACGAAGUCCCGACUACACCCAUCACUCCCGUUCAUGCCAAUGUGGUCAAUCCUUUCGAUGUCAGAGCAAAGGAAAAUGUCGCACCUUACAGUAGACAAUAUCCUGGGAAAGAUCCGAAAUUGUAUAGAACCGCUGGUCAACCUACUUUGGCAGGACAUCCACCUAUGGGUGUACAAGGAACUUUAGGUAGACCUGUACAUCCAUUACCUACCGUACACCCACAUCCUAGACCACCGUUACACGCUUUGCCUCAACCUCAACCACAGGCUCAAGCUCAGGGACCGGCGUUGUCAACACGGCGGUUAUCAAAUUAGACGGUGACGUCGUGUUUGCAUUGGAUCGUCGAACUCGGUUGAGGUGUAGGGGGAGGAAAGUGAGGUGUAGAGUGUGACUAUGGACAGGGAACGGUGAUGUGGAGGAAGGGCUCAUUUAGAGGGAUGAUGAGUUUGAGGAGAACACUGCGGGGGUGAUAGUGGAGAGGGACGUUUCAGUGAGAUAGCGAAAGGGGACAAGAGGACGACAAACAAGGAAUCGAACAUUUUUGCAUUACGACAAUUCCCAUACAAUCCAGCAUUUUUCAAAACAAUACCACGACUUUUUUUUCUAUUCUCUUAUUUUCUACUACUUCCUCUAUUCUCAUCCAUUCACAUUCACCAGCAUCAAUCAUUGAUCAUUGUCUUCGGUAUCGACGUACGAUUGGGACUUUACAUGAUUCAUCUCUCUCAAAUGAGAAGUACGAUCAAGGUCUUCCCUGUACAUCUCUCUCAAAUGGGACGUACGACUUGCAGCCAAGAGUUGCGACCAAUUGAACAAAAGUAUCGAAGACAACUCACACACACACACACAAAUCAGUAGUUACACUUAUUGCCUGUACGCAUUCAUGUUUAGUGAUCAUGCCGGUUAUGGAUGGAUGGUAUUAUGCUAUGCUACGUUGUCUUGUUUU